AUGGACGCGUUAGAGAAGAUCCCGCUCGCGUACGCCUCAUGCUCUAUUGGCUGCAACGAUGAGCAUACCUUGCCCAAGAAAUUGGACGCCCUCGCCGGUGCUGGCUUCCAGGCGAUCGAACUGUCAAUGCCUGACCUGGUAUCAUUCGCCAACCUACACCUGCGAGCAGAGGAGCAAGAUGGCGGAUCUCAACCCAUUGGCGAUCACGAUUUUGACGACCUGGUUGCAGCUGCCAAAGUGCUCAAGACAAUGCUCGAUGCAAAGGGUCUGAAAGCGUUCAUGAUGCAGCCAUUUGCCAAUUUCGAAGGAUGGCCUGAAGGUUCGCCUGAGAGAAAAGAUGCCUGGGAACGCGCUGAAGGCUGGACUCGCGUCAUGGAGGCGGUGGGUUGCGAUAUGCUGCAGGUUGGUUCUUCAGAUUCCCCUGAAGAGAAGAUCGGCAAAGAUCGAGCUCGCUUUGUGGAAGAUUUACGCGACCUGGCCGACCUGCUUGCGAAGAAGAAGAUGCGAAUCGCCUACGAGAACUGGUGCUGGUCUACGCACGCUCCUGACUGGGCAGAUGUGUGGGACAUCUGCCAAAAGGUUGAUAGACCCAACUUUGGCCUUUGUUUGGACACCUUUCAGUCUGCUGGAGGUGAGUGGGGCGAUCCAACAACGAAGAGUGGUCUGGUUGAGGACGGCCGCCAGCCUGAGCAGGUGGAGCAAGACUGGAAAGCGUCUUGUGAUCAACUUGCGAAGACCGUACCGAAGGACAAAAUCUACCUGUUACAGAUCAGCGACGCAUACAAAUUGAGCGAGCCGCUCGAGAAGAAGGACCUCGAUGCAAUGCGACCACGAGGCAGAUGGAGUCAUGACUAUAGGCCGUUACCAUUCGAAGGGUAUCUGCCAGUGGUCGACUUCACCAAAGCGGUACUGCGGACUGGAUUCAGAGGAUGGUUCAGCUACGAGAUCUUCGACUCUGGACCGGAUGGAAGAGGCAAGACUUACGAACUGUUGCCAUUCGCGCAGCAUGCUAUGGCGACACAGUUGAAGCUCAUGGAUGCUGUUACCAAGUCAUAG